AUUGAACAUGGAAGUUUUUAAAGUGUCAAGAAAGCACAACACAAACAAGCAGAUAUCUGAAGAGAGACAGAUAGAGAAUGGUAAUGGAUUUUGAAAGGAGAUUUAGAUUAUAUAUAACAAGGAGAGGAAGCCCACCUGCAAGCUUUUCUUCUUCUGCUGGUUUAGUAACAUCUCAACACACCACAGUAAAAUGGCAGAGAAGAAGAAGAAAAAUGACAGACGGGCUUCUCAUAGGGACCUCCAUAAGCAUUACCAUAGAGAAGAAGAAGAAGAAGAAGAAGAUACUUGUCAAUACUACACUGACACUAGAGGACCAAUGCUUGUAGAGCUUAUCCUAUAACCUGCCACACUAAAUCAUUAUUAGAAAACCAUCAUUUUAUAGCAUUAAUUCUGACAUCAAACCCUCUCUGCUCAAAUCUGCCUACCAGCCACCCCUACUUCAACUUUCACUCCGGCGGCUGCAAAUUUCCGUCCAGGACCAUACAUUCAGGCGACUAGGACACCGGUGUUUGGUUUGGGAUUGAGUUGUGUGCAGUGGGUGGCGCAGACAAAACACUUUAGUCAACAAAUUUAAGUCAACUCACUAAACAUCUUGAUUCCUCAGAAGAGAAGACAAGACAAUGCUCUUCAGAACUCAAAGAAUUCCGUCACUUUUUACUAAGAUUCGGUGCAUGAGCAACAUCCCUGAAAACUCAGUGUAUGGAGGGCCAAAGCCGCAGAAUCCAAACCAGCGAGUGACUCUAACCCACCUGAGACAAAAACAUAAGAAGGGUGAACCCAUUACUGUUGUCACCGCCUACGACUACCCUUCUGCGGUGCACCUCGACACUGCUGGCAUUGAUGUGUGUUUGGUGGGUGACUCUGCAGCGAUGGUGGUUCAUGGUCAUGAUACUACAUUGCCAAUCACUCUUGAUGAAAUGCUUGUCCAUUGUCGUGCUGUUGCUCGUGGCGCCAAGACACCACUUCUUGUUGGCGACUUGCCUUUCGGAAGUUAUGAGUCCAACAGCAAUCAGGCAGUGGACACAGCUGUUAGGAUUUUGAAGGAAGGUGGAAUGGAUGCUAUUAAACUAGAGGGAGGGUCACCGUCGCGAAUUACGGCUGCAAAAGCAAUAGUUGAAGCUGGAAUUGCAGUUAUGGGGCAUGUAGGACUUACUCCUCAAGCUAUUAGCGUUCUUGGGGGAUUCAGGCCUCAAGGAAAAAAUGUUGCGAGUGCUGUUAAGGUUGUCGAGACUGCUUUGGCUUUACAAGAGGUGGGUUGCUUCGCAGUUGUUUUAGAAUGUGUGCCUGCAGUUGUAGCUGCUGCAGCUACUUCUGCUCUUCGAAUUCCCACCAUUGGCAUUGGAGCUGGACCUUUUUGCAGUGGCCAGGUUCUGGUUUACCAUGAUUUGUUGGGAAUGCUGCAACAUCCACAUCAUGCCAAGGUUACCCCAAAAUUCUGCAAGCAGUAUGCACGUGUUGGAGAUGUGAUUAACAAAGCUCUUUCGGAGUACAAGGAAGAAGUGAUGAACGGUUCAUUCCCUGGUCCUGCCCAUACUCCAUAUAAAAUCACUGAUACUGAAGUCAAUAAAUUCGCUAAUGAGUUACAAAAAUUGGGUUUGGACAAGUCAGCGGCUGUAGUAGCUGAGAAGAUUAAUACAUCAUCUAAUUCUAAAGACUGAGUAUGGAGCAAUCCAACAGCUAUCGCUUUUUAUUUGCAAAGGAUGAAUAGUCAAACAAUACAAUUUUUCCUAACCAUUAGUAGUUAUCGUUCUUAAUAAAAUAUCCGAUUAGCAUACAACAAACGUCUGAACAUAGACCCUAAUCGUUUGAGAGCUUUAGAAUUCUAUAAUGAAGUUGUGGUUCCAGCUUGAAAUCAGCAAUUUUGAAGCUGUGUCAAUGGCUAUCGUUGAACUGGUUUAAA